AAUUACCAGUCAGACCUCUCCGACGAUAUUUUCCAUUAGAAUCGGCGUGUUUUACGCGUUGGGCAAAUUAUGUUCCUCUCCCUUUUCCUUUUACUUUCUAUCAAAAAGUUCCCAUUCUUGUGCAAAUUGCACGCAUCUACUCUUCCUCCUUAUAUAAUAUUCGUAAAUAUAAACUAUAACUUCGACAUGUCUCGGAUCUCUCAUAACCAUCUUGAAUCGUUCAAUUUUACAUUCCCUUUUUGCGUUUCCAUCUCCUAUUCAUCCCUUCAACAGGUUUCUUCUACAGAGUUUGCUUCUCUCUGGAUGUUAUGAAGGUUUUAAUCAAGAGUUGAAAGCAUUGUGUAGAUUCCAUUCAUGAUGAUUGACUUUAGUAUCCCACUUGUGAGAUUUCUAGCUAGUUCGAACUUUGAUGCUGGCUAUACUUUUGGAUGGCUGCUUAUGGGGUCCUUAGGAAUUUUUAUUGUUACGUAUGCAUACUUCAUAUGGCAGAGAAAGACAUCACUUAAAUGGGUUAAAGCUGCUGCUCGAGCGAAGAAACAAGCAUGGAAGAAGCUUAAAGUUCCCUUAUCACGUCAUACAUGGAUUGAAGAUGUUGCUACUGGUGGGCAGCCAUCCACCUGCUGUGUUUGCCUAACUUCCCUGGUGUCUCCACAAACUUUAGGAAAAAAAACGACAUCACAUUCUCCACUACACCGUUGUUCUGUUUGUGGCGUUGCAGCUCACUUUUGGUGUUCGCAGUUUGCAGCAAAAGAUUGCAAAUGCGUAGCACAAGCUGGUUAUAGCCAUGUCCAGCACCAUUGGUCUGAAAGAUGGAAUAACCUGGAUGACAAUCCUGAGAUGUCGACAUUUUGUUUUUACUGUGACGAACCUUGUGGAGUUCCUUUUAUUGAUGUAUCUCCAACAUGGCAUUGCUUAUGGUGUCAGCGCCUCAUACAUGUUAAGUGCCAUGCCAAAAUGUCUGAAGAAUCCGGUGAUGUUUGUGAUUUGGGUCCUCUUAGAAGAGUCAUUCUUUCUCCCCUCUGUGUGAAAGAUCUUGAAAGUGAGAAAUUUUCUGUUACGGAUGAAAUCAUUACAUCUUUAGACCAUGGGCAGAUUAGGAGAAAGCGCCAACGGAACAGACAUGGAAGUAACCGAUAUAUCAGUGGCAAGGUACAAGGAAGUUCUGCUAACAAAAGAGCACUGCAAUAUGUGUUAAAUGGUCUUGUUGGUCUUGGUCUCUUGAAGUCCAGUAACGAGAAAAACAACGAUAACUUUUUGAAGGCUAGCAACCUAAUUGGUCAGAAAGGCGGUCUGAAUGGGCUGAAGCAUAAGAAAGAUGAAACUGCUGUUUGUGGAAAAUCUAUGAAGUAUACUCUAGUAGAUUUGUCUUCUGAUGCAAGACCUCUCCUGGUCUUCAUAAAUGCCAAGAGUGGAGCUCAAAAUGGACGUAUCCUUCGAAGAAGAUUGAACAUGAUAUUGAAUCCUGUACAGAUAUUUGAACUUGAUUCCUAUCAAGGACCUGAGGCUGGUUUAGAGCUGUUUGCUAAUGUGCAAUACUUUAGAGUUUUGGUAUGUGGAGGUGACGGGACUGUGGCCUGGGUUCUUGAUGCAGUUGAGAGGCAUAAUUUUGAAUCACCUCCACCUGUUUCCGUUCUUCCUUUAGGAACUGGAAAUGAUUUGUCAAGGUUUCUUCACUGGGGAGGGGGCUUCUCGACUGUUAAAGGACAAGGUGGUUUAAGCACUUUUUUGCAUGACAUAGACCAUGCAGCAGUUACAAUGCUUGAUCGCUGGAAGGUAAACAUAACUGAAGAAAAGUCUGGCAGUGAACCUAGUCAAGUGCAAUCAAAGUUCAUGAUGAAUUACUUAGGUAUUGGAUGCGAUGCAAAGGUUGCAUAUGAAUUCCACACAAGUAGGGAAGAAAAUCCUGGAAAGUUUUACAGUCAGUUUGUGAAUAAAUUGAGAUAUGCAAGAGAAGGUGCCAGGGACAUCAUGGACAGAGCUUGUGCUGACUUACCAUGGCAAGUUUGGCUUGAAGUAGAUGGGAAAGAUAUCCAAAUUCCAAAGGGCACUGAGGGCUUGAUUGUGCUAAAUAUUGGUAGCUAUAUGGGUGGAGUUGACCUUUGGCAAAACGAUUAUGAGCAUGAUGAUAAUUUCAAUCAUCAGUACAUACAUGACAAAAUGCUGGAAGUUGUAUGUGUUUCGGGGUCAUGGCAUCUUGGCAAACUUCAGGUAGGACUUUCACAAGCCAGGAGGCUGGCCCAAGGGGGAAUCGUGAAGAUACAUGUUUCCAGUCCUUUUCCUGUCCAAAUUGAUGGGGAGCCUUUUAUUCAGCAACCGGGAUGUUUAGAAAUAACACAUCAUGGACAGGUGUUUAUGUUGCGGAGAGCAUCAGAAAUGGAUGGACCGAGAGGUCAUGCAGCUGCCAUAAUGACUGAGGUUUUGGCUGAUGCCGAGUGUAAAAGUGUUAUCAAUGCUUCCCAAAAGAAGUUACUUCUUCAGCAGAUUGCCCUCCAGCUUUCUUGACUUUCUGAACUAUUGAUUCCUAACAUUUUUGACAUUGACUUGGCAGAGAUUUUGCUAACUACUCAUAGUUAACAAAAAUAACUUAUCAGGCAAGGGAAGGGUGAUAUAGUAAAUUAUGAAAUCAGAUACUAUGGAGAGAGGUUUUAUAAAGAUGAGACUGGACUUUGUUUUGGGAUUGAAUCCCUUUCACCAGUCACUCGGUAUAUGUUUGAUGUGCAGUUGUAGAUAGGAUUUGAAUGGUACAAUGAAAAAGGAAAAAAAAAUUAGUUUCUGUUUCUUCUUGAAUUACUGAAAAAUCUUAGAGUCAAUCCUAUUAAACAAUUUGAUUUUUUAUUUUUA